UACUCAGAGUGAAGUAGGUCCUUGAUUUGCUGAAUUAUAGAAAUGUAAUAAUUUGUGUUUUCGAUGUAAAUAUAUUACUACUAUUAAUUAUUACAAAACGAGAUCACCUAAUGUUUUCUAUUACUACAUGGUAUAUUCGUCUGUCUAAGCUGGGUUCACGUUAUCUAUCUGAGUUGGAGACUUUCGGAUACUUUAACAUAAUGCCGCUAACCGCUGAUGUCGCCGCUCAGCAAGUUCAAGAACGUUUAAGGUCUCUGCAUAAAUUAGUAUAUGACAUAGAUGCAGAAAGAAGUCGUAAUGAGCAGUGGAUUGAGUCUAUACUUAGAAAUUUCAAUGUCGCUGAAUCACCAUCAAAUACAGAUGAUUCCUCCAGUUCUUCACAACAGCAAAUGCAGUUAAAAAAUCUUUACAAAAAUGGACUAACAGCUGCUGAGCAAGAAGAGAGGCUGUUGCGGGCUGCCCUCACACGCAUAUACGACAUCCGUGCUAUAAAAAAUGAGAGAAGAAUACAGGCUCGACAUGCGGGUAACAAGGAAACGAUUGGGUGCGGCGCGUUAAUGAAAAUGUUGUUGAGCGCUGCACAGACGCUACCGUUGCAUGUUGGGGCUGCAGGAGAGCGUGCUCCACCCUUGUGUGGGGCGUCACCAGCCGAUCCUGGCCACGUGGCGAGGCCUGGUGAUGCCGUAGCAGCACUCGUGCGCGUCUCCGACAAGGAGGAGAACUGGAUAUUAGCCGAGGUUGUAAGUUGGCUGCCAGCUCAAGGCAAGUACGAAGUAGAUGAUAUAGACGAAGAACAGAAAAACCGGCACGUGUUGAGCAAGCGGCGAGUGGUGCCACUGCCGCUGAUGCGUGCGGAUCCUCGCACCGACGAGCACGCUCUAUUCCCCAAACGCGCCGUUGUGAUGGCGCUCUAUCCGCAGACCACGUGCUUCUACCGGGCGGUCGUUAACCGGCUACCUGCUAGUGCAGCCGAUCCCUACGAGGUUUUAUUCGAGGAUUCUUCGUACGCAGACGGUUAUUCUCCUCCGGAGCGCGUGGCGCAGCGCUACGUGAUCGCGAUCAAAGAAGGCAAGGGGCGCGCCACCUGACCCCACUCGCAUUCGCGCGCCUCCACUGCAACUCCCUCCGCGCGAUCUUCUCCCAUCUCCACAGAUUCCAUCAUGUAGGCUACUCUAUUAUUAUUAUUACUCUAUGUUUUCAUUCAGAUGUAAGAUAAUGAGAACUCUUGCUUGUUCAUCUUAGUAAUAUUAUAAAUGCAAAAGUUUGCAAGUGUAUAUGGAUAGAUAUUUUAAUGAAAAAUUACAAUAAUAAGUUAUACAACAGAAUAACACAUAAGACAUUGUUUAAGGAGUCAUAGUGAGACUGUUUUAUUUCACGAUAAUUUUAUAAUUACUUUGAUGUUGAUUAGUAAUUAGUGUAAAAUAUUCUAUAUUGUAGUGUACGAGGCAUAUGAAUCGUAAAAUUAAUAUGAGUACCUACAUAUUAAUUUUGAAUUUUUUAGAUGUACUAUUUGAUAUAGUAGUUUUAUAACUGCGAGUAACAUUUUCAAGUAUUGCACAUUAAAAUGCAUAUUUCAUGAUUUUUUCAUAUGUUAACCUUAACGUGGUCAGAGCAGUCAUAGUAAGUAAAGCAAAUGAA